CUUCUUCUUCUUCUUCUUCUUUUUAUGGCUGGUUGGGCAUUAGUCGCCCAUACACCAUUAUUUCUUAUGAGUUUGCAAAGAUUAUAUGUUUAGGUUGAGACCUUUAAUACCUUUAAUGUCAUAUCACACAUAUAAAAUACAUGAACGAAGCAUUGACUGCCGAUUGGCUAUAGGAUAGAAAAUCUUUUAUAGAGUUUCAAAAAGUUCUUGCAAUAGCAACCAAUCAGUACAAAGCUCUCAUGCCAUUGGUAACCGCAUAGGAAAUUUCUGAAGUCCAGAAACUUUCCCUAUUCGAUAAUCAAAUCAUGUGCGAGAUAUUCCUUUCUUACAAAAAAAGGAUAUCUCUAGAGAAAGGCAUAUAUAUAUAAAAGGAAACCGCCUGAACCGUUUAAAUCCGUCAAUGUUGGUUGAAUGCGCAAGAAAAAUGAGGAGAACAAGAAAAGCUGAAACUUUAUCUAGCACAAAAAAUAUUGGAACACAAACAGAAUUUGAAAGUUCUGAAAUUGCUAAGUUGCAAGAACAUUUAAAACUUUUACAGUUACAAAUUGAUAAUCUAACGCAACAUACGAAAACAUCUGACAAAUUUAAUGAUUCUACACAAUACAAACAAUUUUAUACGCCAGAAAUUAAAAGCAAUAUUAAGAAAUGUAACUGUAAAGGUAAUUGUUCUUCACGUAUAUGUGGAUGCGUGAAGAGAAACAAUAUUUGCAAUUCUUCAUGUAGUUGCAAAUACAAUACAUGCCAAAACCAGAAAUCAGAAAAUGAUGAAAAUGACACUAAAAAUAAUAUAGAUGAAGCUGUAGAAACAAGUAAAAACUUUCAAACAAACAAUGAAAAUUUGAUGGCAAUGGUUGAUUUUAGGAAGCCACGACGAUUGUUAGAAGCAUCUUUAUAUGAUAUAAAAAUCGAAAAAAAUAAUACUGAGACCCACCAAGGAGAGUCAUCUUUUCAAGAUAUAAAGGAAGAAGAAGUUGAUUGGCAACAACACAUUGCACAACUUAUCCGUUGCAAAAAAUGUAAGAGGACCUUUAUGCCACAUCGCAUCCAGAAACAUGAAGCAUGCUGUAAAGGGAUUUAAAAGAAUAUUCUGCAAAAUAAUUCUGAUUGUAUAAGAGUGUAUCAGAUUUUAAAGAUUAACUCUCAUGUAAAUAAAUAAAAUAUAUUUUAUGGUUUGAUUAAAACAAUGAUAUAUGUACUAACAAUGGUAAAAAUGACAAAUAUAUAAAUAUACAAAAAGA